CUUUCUCCUCCUCCCUUCAUGCCCUCGGGUCGCCAUGUCGUCGUCCAGGCGUUGAAGGUCGUCUGGGUAUUCUCUGUAUUCUACUUCGAGCUAUGGACGUUCUAUCUCCACGCCGGCUCGUGCGAAUGGCCGGCCCCUCGCCAGGAUCGCGCUGACGAUGCGGAGCAUGUUCUGCUGGUUGCAGACCCUCAGAUCCUCGACAUGAACUCGUACCCCGGCCGUCAUCCCGCGCUGCAAUGGCUCUCCCAGGUCAUCGUCGAUCUCAAUCUGCGCAAGAACUGGCGCGCGGCCCUACGCUCUCGGCCAGACAAAAUUGUCUUCCUCGGAGAUAUGCUGGACAACGGGCGGAUGGACGUGACGGAUAAAGAGUAUUCCGCUUACCACCGUCGCUUUCGGCGCGUCUUCCAAGGCAGCGGUACUACCCCCACAUUUUACAUUCCCGGGAACCACGACAUCGGCCUUGGCGAACCCUCAGCAUACUCGCGAUCCACCCAAGCCAACGCACGCUACGUCGCGCACUUUGGUGAACCCAACAAGAUCGCAUAUGUGGGUGGCCACGCCCUCGUCAUGAUCGACGCCCCCGGCCUCGUCGACGAGGACCGCGAGCGGAUCUCCCUCGGACGCACGUUCGACGAUUGGUCGUUCCCUCCCAACGGCACGAUGUCCUUCGCGAAGAAUAUCCCACGUGAUUUAGACGACGCGAUUCCUCGCAUCCUGCUCACCCACAUACCCCUCCACCGACCGCCGAAGAGUGGAUGCGGACCGCUCCGAGAAAGAGGCACUAUUCAUGCAGGGCAUGGGGGAGGGUACGAGAACACCAUCAGCCGCGAGGCGAGUCAGAUGCUGCUGGAGUUUAUCAAGCCCACUUUCGUCUUUAGCGGAGACGAUCAUGAUUAUUGCGAGUAUACGCACCACUACUCAGGGCGGACUGCGCCAGAGAUCACGGUGAAAAGUCUUUCCAUGGCCAUGGGUGUCAGGCGACCUGGAUACCAGCUACUGUCUCUUGCGCCGACAGAUCGAAAUUUCAAGUCCCCUGCCACCGCUGCAACGACACUCUGCCUGCUCCCUGACCAGCUGCAUAUCUAUCUCGGCGUCUAUGUGCCCUUGCUAGUGCUUUCCCUCGCGCUCAUCGGCGUCAUGAAUGCGUUGGCGCGAUAUCGACGUCGUUUUUCGCAUAGCAGCGACGGGCCAUGGCGCAGUACUUCUGCCUCGCGUCCUUACCUCCGCGUUGUCGGGCAGAAGCAAACUUACCAAGACGACGACUUCUACGAGGAGGAAGACGAGGACGCCCUUCCCGCGCCUGCAUCAUUGUCGAGCGGACGGCGACCCAUGCGCCUGACGCGUCAGCGCAGCUCUCCAGGACCUGGGCGAAGUCCUCCGUCUUACGCUGCGCCUCUGAAGCGCGUGUUGAAGACGACGCUGAUAAGCGCACGCCCGGGGAGGCAACGGAGCUUGACGAGGGAUAUUUUGUACGAUAUACGGGAUGUGGCUAUACUACCGUUGCUGUUGUUUUCGCUUAUUACAUGGUGGACAAUGGCUAGCUGAUUCCAUGACGUUGUGCUCUCUUGUGGCGAUUCAUCUUCGAUUCGCGCUGGGCAGCCCACUGCAUCCUCAGCGAACGUCGAGCAAGGACUUCGGUGCAACAGCCUCUGUCUACGAGCCGCAAUUCCAGA